AUGGGAAAUGUCCUAUUUCUUAUCGGAUUGACCCUCAUUAUUGGUGUCAAGAAAACCAUGGCCUUCUUCACCCGCCCGCAAAAGCUCAAGGGUACUGCUGCUUUCGCUGCUGGUAUCCUCCUUAUUCUCUUCCGCUGGCCCUUGACUGGGUUCUUGAUUGAACUCUAUGGGUUGUUCAUUCUGUUCGGCGACUUCCUUGUCACGGUCGGUCAAUUUGCGGGCAACAUCCCCGUGAUAGGGCCGUAUAUCCAGCGUGGGCUGGAGGUGCUUGCUGGUGGGAGGAGCAAUGCCGAGCUUCCUGUAUGA